AUGACUAAUCUGCCCCUCACCAGUCGGUCUCAACCUAUUACAGUCGAGAUGGUAGAGCUUCGAACAGCACCCCAUCAAAUUGUGAUUCAGUAUCAAACCGAGGUGAUAAGUUGCUUCUUAUUGUCUUGGGAUAACAGCAUGUCUUUAGUCGCGGUGGGUGCCUGUUAUUUGGAUACCAUUCUUAGCACACCAUACUACCCCGGAGAAGAUGAGAAGCUACGAGCAUCGAGUAUUACUCACAGACGUGGGGGAAAUUGUCCAAACAGUCUCGAAGUUAUGAAGCAAUUAAUACCUACAUCCAUCCUGCCUCUAUCAUUAAGCCUGAUUACCGUUCUACCAAGCAAAUCGUCAGUAGCUACACAGCAAAUCCGGUCAACUCUCGAGCCAAAUGUGUGUCUCGAUCAUUGUAUCUAUAGGGAAGAUUUUCAGGAGCCGGCCUCAAGCUACAUUAUUGCAAGUCGAUCAACGGGUAGCAGAACGAUUGUCAACUACAAUGAACUUCCAGAUAUGACAAUUGGAGAGCUGACUGAUAUUAUUGAUCGGAUGGUUUCGAGUGCUACUUGGUUUCACUUCGAGGGUCGCAUUCCUGGGGUUAUUCUUGGCUGUAUUCAAUAUCUUCGCAAAGAGUACCCUUCUGUGCGAAUUAGCGUUGAGAUUGAGAAACCUGGUCGAGAAGGACUUCAAGAGCUGGCAGAAGCCGCUGAUGUGGCUUUUUAUUCAAAGACAUGGGCGCAGGUAGGUCGACGUCUGAAUCCAAAUCUCGAGACUAUUCAGAUCCACGGGUUCUCGUGGCUGAAAUCACAACUUGAAAUUGAUAAGCAUACAGCACAAUGGAUACAUAUCAGCAGAGGAUUGUCUACGAAAACAGUCGACGAAGACACAGAAUGCGUAUGUCUUAAGUUCAAAGGCUCAGUUGUGCUUGAAGCGUGA